AUGUUAAAUAAAAUAUUUGUCAGAGCAUAUUUUUAGACUGUUAAAGCAGUACGAUUCACUUUCGACGAGAUAUAAAACUGUAGCAGCAAUUUAAAUGCAAAAAUUGAAGAGGCCUAUGGAUCACAUGGAUUAGGGCUUGCAAUUGUAAGUGGAAUCCCUAAUUAUUCAAAAAUGAGACUAGAACUAUUACCUUUGGCAUAAAAAUUGGCUGUUCAACCACAAGAAUAUCUAAAAAGUCUUGAAAGGCCAGAAGCAUUUUAUUCAAAAGGUUGGAGCUGCGGUGUUGAAUAAGUAAGGAAAAAAUGAUAAAUUUAGUUUAAAGGCAAAUUUGAUAAAUCUAAAGGGUCUUUUUAUAAUAAUCCAAAUUAUGAUACUUGCCAAGAUUUAGGGAAGGAAUAUGAGCAUUUAAUUAAAAAGGGUAGUCUCAUAAGGUUAGACAAUGUAUGGCCAAGCAAAAUUCCAGAAUUAGAAGGGGCAUUUAAAAACCUUGGGAGAUUGAUGGUAGAUACAGGAGCUUUGUUAUCUUAUCAUAUUGAUAAAUACAUCUAUUCAAAGUGUAAUACUUAUGAAAUGGGAAAAUUAUACAGAUUUAUCAGAUCCGGCGAUUCUCAUGUUGGAAGAUUGUUACAUUAUUUUGAUGGGCCAAACACUGAUGAAUGGUGUGGAUGGCACAAUGAUCAUAGUGCCCUGACAGCUUUAACGUGUCCUAUUUAUAUGCACAGUGAUAAAAUUGUAGAUUAUACAGAUAAAGAAGGAGGUUUGUUGGCUAAAAAUAGAUAUGCAGAAAUAAUGAAAGUAGGAAUGGAUCCAGAUUGCUUAGCAUUUUAAAUUGGAGAAACAGCAUAGAUAGUAUCAGGAGGAAUAGUUGAAGCCACACCUCAUUGCGUAAAAUGAGUUUUAAUUAAAUAGGUUGUUAAAAGUGAUGAGACCGUAAGAAGGUAAUUAAACAGAAAUACUUUUGCUGUUUUUAUGGGUCCAUUGUUUAAUGAAGUUUUAAAUGUUCCAAAGGGGAUCGACAAAAAUAAAGCAUUGAAUAAGCCAGCCUAUAACAUUCCAUCCCUCUUAGGAAGAUGGGACGAAAACAUGACAUUUUUAGAGUAUAGCGCCAAUAGUUUUAAAGCUUAUUCAUGACAUUAGAAGA